AUGUGUGAGGAGAGGGUGGAACAUGUCUUCAAGGGCCUUACCGACCCCUCGUACAGCACCACGGUGAAUCGCUUCUUCCGAGAGGUGUCGGAAGACGCGCAGUGGUGCGUGCUAGAAACCGCGGCAGAGAGAUCAAUCCUGAGCUCCAAAGAGGCCUACACGAAGAAACUGGAGAAGACGGCGCAAUUCACAAUGGAGCUUCUGGACAUCUUUGGCAUCGCCCCACUUUGCAUGGUUUGCCCUGGCCAGGACAGCCGUACCACCUAUAAGGGCCAUGUGUGUGGCAGGGCGCACUUCGGUUUUGUUUUCAAGCACAUCGUUGAUCGACAGGCCAGUCCCUGGCAAAAAUGGAGCAUGCUGCUGGGGGAGGUUAUGGUGAACUAUGUUACCGGUGAGUUGUGGGCCAAGCGGUUCCUCUUCCGGCCUGGCCUAAACAUCUACAGGGUGCAGGACUUGCCUGCGUCAGACAUUUGGUACUGCGUUAGCUCCGCAGUGUGCUGCCCGAUCUCAGACAACACGCAGGGUGACUGGAUGAACCUUUGGCCGAACAUGAACGGCGGCAAGCCAAGGUGGAAGCAGAUGAUGCAGCGCCCAGCUGAGCAGCUUGUGAUGGUGCUGCAGGCUCACGGCAUUGAAGACCAUGCCUGCCCUUUCUGCGAGAGUGGGCACUCCCUGUGGGCAACAACGCUCAUGGGCCCGAAGCACUACGCCACACUGAGCGCAAUCCCGAAUCUUGUGAAUCACCCUCUUCGAAAACAACGCUGGUUGGUGCGGGGCGGCGCGAUUCUCUUCGACCACUUGACAGGGGAGAUUUAUUUGCUUUGCAGCCGCGAGCCAGCUCGACCAGACUUCCCGGUGGCGCCGCCGCGCACGGUGCAUGUGACUGUGCCAGCCCCAACCGUCGGUCCGUCCAGCCCAGCCCCCGACAUGCCCGCGCCAGGCAUGGCGCCUGGCCAGCCUGGAGCUGCGCACGGGUACGAGAGCUCUUCAAACAAGAUGCCCAACGGCCAGCACGCAGCGCCGACUCAGCCCCCAGCGCCUGAAAGGUCCACAGCCUCAGACGUGUGCCCACCCUGCGCUCCGAGUGCGCAGUCCGGAGCCCAGCAAUCAGGCGGCGAGCAACGCGCUGCGCAAGCUGCAGAGCCGUGGGUUCGAAACAUUCUUUCAGAGAUGCGCCCAGGUACAAUCUUUGAGGAAUACUGUGACCCUGUGACUGGCGAAUUUUGGUGGCAUGAUGUCGUGUCCCAUGAGCCCUUGUACUGCAAGCCUUCGCCUCCGGCUUUGAUUUGCUUGCCUCCGAAUCGCUGA